CCACAUCACAUCACAUCACACUUCACCAACGCCAUGUCUGCGAAAACCGUCUCUACCAAGCCCUUUGAUGGCCAGAAGCCUGGAACAUCCGGUCUGAGGAAGCGUGUCAAGGUCUUCUCCCAAGAGCACUACACCGAGAACUUCGUCCAGGCCAUUCUCUCUUCCAUCCCUUCUCCCGGAGUCAAGGGCUCUACCCUGGUAGUCGGAGGCGACGGCCGAUACUUUUCCGUACCAGCCAUUCAGUCCAUUAUCCGCCUCUGUGCAGGCAAUGGAGUGAGCAAGCUCAUCAUCGGCCAGAAUGGUAUCCUCUCCACUCCUGCUGCCUCGCACGUCAUUCGAUCGUACAAGGCCACCGGUGGUAUUCUCCUCACUGCCUCGCACAACCCUGGAGGACCGGACAAUGACUUUGGAAUCAAGUACAACAUGGGCAAUGGAGGUCCGGCACCCGAAGGUGUGACAAACAAGAUCUUCGAGGUCACAAAGACCAUCAGCGAGUACCACAUCGUCGAGGGCGACGACAUUGACAUCUCCAAGGUCGGAGAUUACUCCUUUGGCCCACUGCAGAUUUCGGUCAUCGACCCUGUCAAGGACUACGUCUCUUACCUCUCGACCAUCUUCGACUUCCCCCUCAUCAAGUCCUUCCUCCAAAGCGGAAAGUUCUCUGUCCGCUUCGACGCCAUGAGCGGCGUCACUGGUCCUUAUGGUCGCGCGCUCUUCGUCGAGGAGUUUGGCCUGUCGGAAUCUUCGAUUCAGAAUUGCGAGCCUUCACCCGACUUCAAUGGCGGCCACCCCGACCCCAACCUGACCUAUGCCAAGGCACUGGUGGACGCGGUGGAAAAGGAAGGCAUCGACUUUGGAGCUGCGUCCGAUGGUGAUGGAGACCGGAACAUGAUCAUUGGAAAGGGAGCCUUUGUCAACCCUUCAGACUCGGUUGCCAUCAUUGCCGACUGGGCCAAGAAGGCCAUUCCGUACUUUAGCAAGGGCGGUGUCAAGGGCGUCGCUCGCAGUAUGCCCACGAGUGGAGCCAUUGACCGAGUCGCCAAGAAGCAAGGGUACGAGUGCUUUGAAGUCCCCACUGGCUGGAAGUUCUUUGGCAACCUGAUGGACGCUGGCCGCCUGUCCAUCUGUGGUGAAGAGUCCUUUGGAACUGGCUCGGACCACAUCCGUGAAAAGGACGGCCUGUGGGCCGUCGUCGCUUGGCUCUCUAUCCUGGCCGCUGCCAACAAGGAGAAGCCCGGAACGUCGGUCAACGAUGUUCUGCAAGCCCACUAUGCUACUUAUGGCCGCAACUUCUUCUCUCGCUACGACUACGAGGAAGUCGACUCAAAGGGCGCCAACGACCUGAUGUCUGCUCUCGCCUCCAAGUUCUCUUCUCCAGGCUUCGUCGGAUCCAAGUUGGGUCAAUUCGAAGUAGCAGAGGCAGACGACUUUUCCUACACCGACCCCAUUGACGGCUCCGUGUCGAAGAACCAGGGUCUGUACAUCACCUUCAAGGACGGCUCUCGCAUCAUCUUCCGCUUGAGCGGUACGGGUUCGGCCGGAGCUACGAUUCGACUCUACGUGGAAAAGUACUCGGACGAUAAGAGCGAAUUUGAUGCAGAUGCUCAGGUGGGACUGAAGCCACUGAUCGACCAGGCGCUGGAGAUUAGUCAGUUGAAAAAGUACACUGGUAGGGACAAGCCUACUGUGAUUACCUGAGCAGGCGUCUGCACGAGGUGUCAGUAGAUUCGAAUGUGAUAUUCCAGUGCUGCCGUUUGUACCUGCCUCGUUGUAUUCGCCUUGCAAAGCAUAGCAAUGGAAAG